AUGAAUAUAUCCGAACUUUAUCAACUUAGUCUUCAAACAACAGGUGUUCAACAAGCCACAGCGACAUUACUUGAAAUAUAUAAAGACCCUGCAAAUUUCUCAGCAAUUCUUGAAACUUUAAUGAAUGACCAAAACCAAAUUACGCGCCGCCAAGCAGCAAUUGGUCUGAGAACAAUGCUAUCUAUGCAUUGGGAAGAUUUAGUUGCUUCAGGGCAAGCUGAUGCGCUGAAAUCACAAAUUUUGACAGCUCUAGUUAAUGAACCAAUACAAAAGAACAGACACGCUAUCAUUGAUGCAUUUGAUCCAAUUUUACGAGAUUCAAAACUUGAAUGGCCAGAAUUAAGAAAUUUUGCAGAUUCACUGUUAUCCUCCGAUGAUAUUGAUCAGCAAGAGGUUGCACUUACAAUAUACGGUGUAUUAGCCCAAAAUAUGGACAUUAGCGAGCUCUCUACCCAUCUUUCAACCCUUACAGAUUUAAUUUUAAAUGCAUUACGUUCAGGAAACGAAGAUCUUACAAUAGCAGCUGCACAUCUUACUCAGAAGCUCACUCUCGUAUUCGAAGCGCCUGCUCCAAGCGAAGUUCAAGUCUGUAUCGCCUCAAUUUUACAACUUUUCAAAUUUUACCUUAUAAACGAGUCCCCUAUAACAUACAAGCUUGCCAAUGAAAUUGGUGAGUGUGCUUCUCAAAAUAGCUGCAUAGAAGCUAAUUCUUUCUUAACAAAUUUACUUGAAUUGGCAAACGACGAAGAAAUUCCUGAAGGACAGAUCUAUAUCAUAUUUACUCCUAUAAGUGCAACAAUCUACAACAAGUUUGAUGACAUUGGAGAAGAUUUAAUUCCAAUAAUAAUUCAAUCUAUGUUAACAAACGUUGCAAGAUGCUUUAUUGAGACAGAAAGUGCUGAAGCACAAAGUGAUGCAUAUUAUAUAUGCGAUACACUAUCGGAUCUCAUUAAAAAAUCUUCAGAUUCGACUUCACUUUUUGAAAACGUCAUUUCUGAGGUAAAUGAAAGCUCUUACGGUAACAUUUUCGCAGGGGCAUAUUUAAUACAGAUAUUUAUUGAAAUGGCGCCUGAAGUUUGCGGUCAUCAUAUUAAUUUUAUCAUGGAAUUCCUUACAAAACAGAUUGACACAGAAAAUGGAUGUCCUGCUGUCAUGGCCGUGGUAUUCCAAGCAUUACAAGUCUUCAUAAGAGUUUUUAAUGCUGGAUUAUCAGAUUAUUCUUCAAUUUUACUUAAUGGAAGCCUUUUGGCCGCCCAAUUAGAUGACGAAACAGUUGAAUAUAGUGCAUUGAACAUGUUACAAGAGCUUUUGACCACAAUUGACGUAAAUGUUCCGAAUAUUCCAGAAUUCUUAGAUACUCUUGUUUCAAUUGCAGGUGCAAGAACAGGAGGAGUUAGAGAACGAGCUCUUUUUGCUGUCCAUGCUUUCAUUUUCGCUGCAGGAGAAACAAUUCGAGAUUUGGCCCCAAAUUUGUAUCAAGUUUUUCUUGAUGCAAUGCAAGAAGCUGUUACAUCUGAAGACUACAAGCUCAUUGGUACCUCUCUCCGUGGCUUAGCAACACUUCACAAAGCAUGUCCUGAAGAAAUGUCUUCAUUCGCUCAGCAAACAUUACAGACCCUCACGGAAUCGUUACAGAGCAAUGAAAUAUACGUAAUUACAGCCGCACAAACCGCUGCAGUCAUUUUAUCUGAUAUUCCUAUGGAAGGAUCUCUUCAAUUCCUUACACAGGCUGUUGAAUCGGCCUUUAACUUGCUUCAGACGCCUCUUCCCUCUAACGAUAACGAGGACGAAGCAGAAAUUGAUAAUGAAUUUGAGAUGAUGAGCGAAGAAAUGAGAGAAAUGAUUGAACUGAAGGCUUGCUGCUUAGAUUUAAUCAUUGCAAUAUUGAAGAACCAUCCAGAAAUAAUACAACCAGCUGCCGAACAAUUAAUUGAACAUUUAAUUGGACUUGCCAACAAUAUUAUCGAUGAAGACUUAUCAUCUUUGUCUAUUGAAUGCAUCUCAAUCAUGACAAACAAAUUCAACUUAGACAAAAAUGAAAUUUUGGCUCAAAUUUCUGAUAUCUUUUCUUCUCCUUAUUCUUCAACAGUUUCCAAGAUAUUUGAGAUGGCAGCAUCAUUUAUUAAGUCAAACAGCGAUUUCGGCAACGCACAACUCGAAAUGUUGCUUGAAGAAGCAAAUUCUGCGAUUGAUUUAGAGUUGCCAUCGACAGAAGAAGCCAGAGAUGAAACAGUUGAGGCCAUUGAUAGCGCAGUUAAGUUCCUUUGCAAGAUUGCUAAGUAUAAACCCGAAUUAUUCCAAAAAGAUAAAUUUAUUGUCAAUGCAAGGAAAUUAAUGAAGAAGAAAGGCGGAAAUGAAAUAAUAUUAAUAAGUUAUGCCACAAUUCUUGGAAAAUUCUUCUUAAUUCAUGCAGAAAAUUUGCAAUCAAUAGAAAGGAAGACAAUUCUACAGAUCCUUACGAAUUCAUGCAGUUUAUGCGAUGGAUUCAUUAAUCCAAGACCUUUGAAGAUGUUUGCAAAAGUUUUGGACAAAUAUAAGGAAAAUAUUUUUCAACCAGCUUUGGCAUUUAUUGAAGAUUUCAUUGAUUUUCCAACAGAUUGUGUUGGAAGACCAUAUCACAAAGAAACAAUUGCUUACAUUGCAACGAUUUCUUUGUUAUUAGCUAAUUACAGCGAUUUCGACAUCUCCGAUUACAUUUCCGCUGUUGUUUAUGCACUGCCCGUAACAAUUCCUCAUAUAUCUAACAUAUAUUAUGCAGGAUUGGAGCAGUUUUACAAACAAGCAUCGAAAAUGCUCGACGAAGAUACGGCCACGAGGAUUUUCUCCGGCUUAUUUAAGCUGUUUACAUUGAGCGCGUCCGAGUUUAAUGAGGUUAAACUAACAAUUGAAGCUGCGAAAUCUGCUGCCUUCGUUGCUUCAUCAUUACUCAAUGCAAUGGGUGGAGAAAUCAACGAAAAUACAAAUCAGGCAAUGAUUGAAAGAUUCCAAAAGAGAUUAUCUCGUUACGCUUAG